UGUCUUCGUGAAGGUUAAGACCCGUUAGUUGAUUGGCUCGAAGAUGUAGGUCAUCGGGUUAGCUGGAGGGCGGCUCUCUUCGAAUCCGCCAGUCGACGCUUAACUCUGUCGAAGAACGCAUGUGCCUUUCACCAGCUCAACAUGAAAUGGGAUUUAUUUUUUCUACUCCUCAUGAUGAUGGACGUCGGUUGGGUGAGAGGCACCUGUGUCUUUAACUCUGACUUUGGCUUCACGCUCAACUGUAACUUCAAGAAAAGCAGCAUUCUCAGGGUGAGAAACUUAGGCGGAGUCAAAGGAUACGUUGGCCUUGGCUUCAGCGUGGGGGACGAGCUCGCUUUCGCGGAAGCUCUUUCCAACACGGACCCUGACAAAAGACGGUCCACGAACGAUGGCGACAAAGCUUUCGCCGCUAAACAGGGAAAUCAAGGUGAAGGCAGAAGUAACUCCGGUAGGAACCCACUUCUCGCGUGGACCUCGGCAGGCGGGAUGGCCGGCGGUGUACCCGGAGCUCUUCCAGGGGUGAUGCCCGGCAUGGUUCCCGGGGUGAUCGCCCUCAGCCCACCGAUCCCGACCGUUCCUCCCUUCAAACCACUUGGGACAGCUAAAAACAAUUCAGCCCCCGUGCCGCCUUUCUCUGCCCUUCCGCCCUCGAUCGCCCGCAUCCCGACAAUCACGAGACCCCAGGCGUCCACCCAGAUGCCACUGUACCAACUUGCCAACAGCAACAACAUGGUACCGCAGGUUGCCAAUAGGAGAUACCAGAUUGCUUCACCGAGUGCGACGGAGGUGCCGUUAAAGAACAGCAUCGUUGUGGGGAAAGUGAUUGAACCGAUACAGCAGCAGUCGAAGAUGACGGCGCAUACACUCGCUCUGAGGACGUUGAACUCCAAGCCCAAAUCGACAUCGCCUCCAAAAAUCUACGACAUCGACAUCACCAGCCCGACGCCGUUAUUGAUGGGCCAUUCGGUCCAAAGCCUGUCAAAAGCGUCCAACAUCAGCAUCGAGACGUUAGCCGCUGCCCUGAAGUUACGGGAACAGCAGCUACUCGCAUCCCUUACAUCCACGACGACUACCUCUUCGACGACGACGACGACGACGACUACCCCUAGACCUACCAGACCGGCCACCGUGCGGCCCAGAUACCCCCUCGUUGGACCAAACAGGGUCAUGAACGCCCCGAAGGAAUAUUACCCGGUCAGCUACGACAAAAACUACGAUGAUAACUUCACAUCUAAGGUCGAGCUGCCAGACACGUCCUUCAGUUGCGGCGACCAAAAGCAUUUCCCAGGGCUCUACGCAGACGAGGAUUUAGGUUGCAUGGUGUUCCAUGUUUGUGCAUUUACAGAUGAUGGUAUGGUGAUGAAGAGUUUCCUCUGUCCUGAGUCGACGCUCUUUGACCAGAGCAUCCUUAAAUGUAAUUGGUGGUUCUAUGUUGACUGCAAGUCUUCAAACAAGCUCUACGACAGCAACAUACCAAUAUCGAAGAGCUACCAGCUGAUGAAGGCACUUGCCUUCUUCUCGGGAUACAAAAACCAGACGAGCACAAAUAGUGCUUAAUGACAGUACGGCAUUGCUCAAAUGAAUAUUCUAAUCAAAACUUCAGCGAUGGCUAUGCAAGGCCAUAGGAGAAGGUUGGCUAGUUUUCUAUAGACUGAGAGUAUAAUCCCAAAAAAAUUUUCUUUUUCAUAUUUUUAGCUCAAUAAUGGGUAAGCUUACAUAUCAAGUAAUUUAUAUCAAAAAGCUCUCUUGAGAUCUUGCUGAGAUUGUAUUUUAAAAUAGUUUUUUUAUACUUUAAAAUACUUACUAAUUAUGUGAUGUUGAAUGAUGAAAGUAUUUAGUUUUUAAGUUUAGCACUUUUUUACAAGGAGCUUCUGUAUAAAUGAGUGAUGUUAUGUGCUCGUCUUGUAUUUAUUGAAUCCUGUAAAUAAUUUUUUUUUCAUGUUAGUAUGUCCAAUGGACAAUAUGUUAGAACUCAGGAAUAAUACAGUUGUAGAUAAAUAAACUCUGUUUUAUUGUA